AUGGACGGAGACCCGGCGGCGAUCAUUCUGGGGCGCAUUCGCCGAGCCCAGCCCCCAGCGCCAACAGGCGGCCAUCGGAGCUCUCCGACGACUGGUCAACGGCGACCAGCAGCUGAUGCCAGCGGCAAGCAACUACGGCUCCUAGAGCCCGGCUUUUAUUCGUGGGAUGCGGGCUUUGUUUCACUGCAACUCUCCUUAGCUUUGCAUGACGGCGAGGAAAGACGAGAUUAUUCAGCCCGGCGCUUCUACAUAUAUAAGGCCCGCAUCGCCAGGCCGAAAGGAUGCGUCGUUGCCUACCCACCUAACAACUACAGUUCCCUUGACGAAGAAUUUCCCCCAAUUUCUAGCUACUUAUUACGCCAAAGGUACUCUUUCUUAGCCAUGGUAAUGUUGAGCUCCUCCCGCUAUGGCAAGGACAAUGUCAAGGUGUGCAAAGUUCACCGUGACGCUAAGUCCGGCACACACACUGUCGUCGAAAUGACGGUGUCCGUGUUGCUUGAGGGUGACAUUGAAACAUCGUAUACAGCCGCAGACAAUAGUGUCAUCGUUGCGACCGAUUCUAUCAAAAACACCAUCUAUAUCCUGGCCAAACAACACCCUGUAACCCCCCCUGAGCUCUUCGCCGCUAUCGUCGGCACCCAUUUCAUUGAAACUUACAAGCACAUUCAUGCCGCUCAUGUUCACAUUGUAACCCACCGGUGGACGAGAAUGACCGUCGAUGGAAAACCACAUCCACACUCAUUCUCGCGUGACGGUACUGAUGUGCGAAUUACAGAUGUCGAUGUCGUGGAAGGAAAAGGCAUUGACAUCAAAUCUGCAAUCUCUGGCCUACUUCUGCUCAAGAGUACAGGGUCGCAGUUUCAUGGCUUUGUUCGCGACGAAUUCACUACUCUGCCUGAGACAUGGGAUCGAAUUCUGAGCACGGAAAUCGAUGCAAAUUGGACCUGGCUAGCGUUUAAAGACCUAAAUCAGGUGAAAGCAGCCGUGCCCCGCUUUGACCAAGUCUUCGCAUCGGCCCGGGACAUCAGCCUACGCCUCUUUGCCCAAGAUGACAGCGCAAGCGUGCAGAACACAAUGUAUAAAAUGGCCAGAGAGGUAGUGAACAUGGAGACGUUGCUGAAUACCGUUUCGUACUCACUACCUAACAAACAUUACUUCGAAUUAGGUGAGCCUUCCACAGCGGGGACACUUUUCUGCAUCGGCUCCACUAACAAAUGCGGUACAGAUUUGAGUUGGCAUAAAAAUUUGAAAAAUAAAGGAAAAGAUGCCGAAGUAUAUGUGCCUAGCCUUGCGCCAAAUGGCCUUAUUCAAUGUACCGUGGCACGAGACAAUCGCUGUCACGAAAAGUCAAACCUAUAG